GAGAAGGGGUGCAGAGCCCCCCCAUCCUCUGCAGGGGCUCGGGACAGGCAGGGAGCUGGGGCAGGACAAACAGCCGGCCCUGGGGCUGGUUCAUUCUCCUGGGAUACCCAUGGCAGAAUCCGUUUAAAUGCUUUCCGAGCCCCUGCACUGCUUCUCCCCAGAGACCCCGGACCCCCAGGCACAGCUACACCUCAGGCUGCUGCAGGAGCUCGGUGUUCCUUGGGGAGCCCCCCUGACAGCACACCAGGACACCUGGGAGGGACAUCUGCACCGUGCGCGUCUCAUCCUUAGAAUCCAUCCCCUGCUCCAGGAGGCUUUAAAGGAGCAUCCCCACACCCAGAACAUCCCACCAUGAACGGGUUCUUGAACGAAUCCAAUUUCCUGAUGGUGGAGGAGGGCUUCACCACCAGAGACCUCCUGGAGAACCUGCUGGGGGAGCUGUGCCAGGAGAGCCAGCAGCAAGCCUUCUUCGUGGCAGACCUGGGGGACAUUGUGAAGAAGCACCUGUGUUUCCUGAAGGCCCUGCCCCGGGUGAAGCCCUAUUUCCCUGUGAAGUGCAACGGCAGUGAAGGGGUGAUCAGGCUGCUGGCAGAGCUGGGGGCAGGCUUUGCCUGUGCCAACAAGGCAGAGAUCACCCGGGUCCAGGGCAUUGGGGUGCCACCAGACAGGAUCUUCUACAGCAGCCCCUGCAAGCAGGUCGCCCACCUCAGGUAUGCAGCCAGCCACGGGGUCAGGCUGAUGGCCUUUGACAACGAGGUGGAGCUCAGCAAGGUGGCCAGGAGCCACCCCCGUGCCAGGAUGUUGUUGGGCAUCACUGCUGACCCCAUCCCUGCUGCCCACCCCAGCCUGAGCUUUGGGAGCACGCUGGAAUCCUGCGGGCACCUGCUGCACACAGCCAAGGACCAGGCUCUGGAGGUUGUUGGCAUCAGCUUCCACCUGGGGAGCCGUGGGCUGGAGCCCCAGGCCUGGGCCCAGGCUGUGGCCACAGCACAGCUGGUGUUUGACAUGGGGACAGAGCUGGGACACCACAUGCACCUCCUGGACAUCGGGGGAGGCUUCCCUGCCACUGAGGACACCAGAGCCCCGCUGGAAGAGAUCGCUGCUGGGAUAAACUCUGCCUUGGAUUUGUACUUCCCUGAGGGCAGUGGGGUGGAAAUUAUUGCCAGGCCUGGCCGUUACUACGUCACCUCUGCCUUCACCCUGGCUGUCAGCAUCACUGCCUUGGAGGAGAUCCCCGUGGAGCAGCCUGGCUCUGAUGAGGAAGAGUGUGGCAGCAAGAAGAGCCUGGUCUAUCACCUCAGCGAUGGCAUCUACGGCGCCUUCAGCUGCCUGCUGUUCGACAGCCCCUGCCCCAGGCCCCGGCUGCACAAGAGGCCGUGCCCAGAGCAGCCCUGGCACAGCUGCAGCCUGCGGGGGCCUGGUGAGGAUCCCAGCAUCGCCGAGGGGCUGCGGCUGCCCCAGCUGCACGUCGGGGACUGGCUGAUCUUUGGGGACAUGGGGGCCUACAGCAUGCCAACGUCAGCCCUGCUCACGGCCGGCUGUGCCCAGGCGCGGGUCACCUACGCCAUGUCCCGUGUGGCCUGGAAAACCAUGCAGCUGUUCCAGGGCAAGGCUCCCCAGACAGAGGAUGAGCGCGAGAGCCUCUGCACGCCCCUGUCCUGCGGCUGGGAGAUGGCAGAGACGCUUUGUGUGCCCCCUGUCUUCGCUCCAGCGGGCAUCAUCUGAGCAGCUCUGGGGCAGGAGCCACGCUGGGAAAGGCCCCGUGGUGGUACU